CGGGAGGGCACGGCGGCGGCCGGGAGGGCACGGCGGCGGCGGCGGCGGCGGCGGCGGCCGCGCGCGCGGUCGAGCGAGCGGGUGGGCGGCCGGGUGGGCGCCAUGCGCUACAACGAGAAGGAGCUGCGGGCGCUGUCCCGGCAGCCGGCCGAGCUGGCGGCAGAGCUGGGCAUGCGCGGCCCCAAGAAGGGCAGCGUGCUCAAGCGGCGGCUGCUGAAGCUGGUGGCCAACUUCCUCUUCUACUUCCGGACGGACGAGGCCGAGACCGCGCCCUGUGUCCUUCCGCAGCCCGUGGGCGCCCUGCUGCUGGAGCGCUGCGUUGUGUCCCAGGAGGAGGCCUGCAGCUUCUCCCUCAGCUUCGUGGAGGACAUGGACCGGAAGUACGUGUUCCAGUGUGACAGCGAGCGCCAGUGCCUGGAGUGGACCGGGGCGCUUCGGAGAGCCAGCUACGAGGUCAUGCGCCGGAGCCUGGUCUUCUACAGGGACGAGAUCCUCAAGAUGACGGGGAAGGACCCCCUGGAGCAGCUGGGGAUCUCGGAGGAGGCCCGCUUUCAGCUGAGCGCCAUCAAGGCCUGACUGACCCUUGCUCGCCUUCCCGGGCCGUGCCUGUGGGUGGGCGGCGCGGGUGGCCCCCUGUCAGCGGCCUAAUAGACCCCACAGCUCUGCAA